AUGGAUAACAACCUUGAACUCGUCUUCAAAGAUGCGAGCACUAUAGAAGACAUCAUUAUGCGGAACCAGGGCCAGCUCGCUGCUGCAAAAGAGGCUACUAGACUCUGCCGGGAGAAACACUACCGACUCAGUUACCAUCUCAAUAAAGCCAGAUCAGUUCUAUCAUCUCUCCCCAAUGAAGUUAUAUCACAGAUAUUCCUGUUUAUGUGUGCACCAGAGACCUCGGUGUGGGAAUUUUUGUGUUUUCCACCAACUCAGUUCUUGAUAGGAAGUGUUUGUAAAGAAUGGCGACAAAUUGCGUGGUCCACGCCGCAUCUAUGGGACAAUAUUGAAAUCCAGUUAGUCCGAAAAUCUUGCGAAACCCAGAUAGAACUCCUCGAGGAAUGGAUUGAACGAAGUGGGAACCUGCCAUUGGACAUUCACAUAUACUCGCAUGGACUUUUUGAAGCACCGUGGGAAGCACCGCCAGAGGCGUUUACCAAAAUUGCGGAGGUCUAUGCUCGUUGGAGAAGCUAUCACGGACACGCUGUUCCAGGGCUUGCCGCUGAGUUGAAGCGUAUCAAUGCAACUUGCUUCCCAAUGUUGGAGACUUUGAGUCUAUCGGAACCAAUCCAUGCCCCACCUGUAAACAAUCCUCCGGACACGACAUACCAGUGGAACUUCUUAUCGGCGCCUGCUCUACACAAUGUUUUAAUUGAAGGACCGUUAAAAGGGGUUGAUAUAGCCAUCAAUUGGGGGUCCCUAACGUGUCUGACCGCAGAUUUUGUCUUGCGACAGUCACCGCACAAUUCAAAGAAGCAGGGAUAUGUUUCAUUCCAUGUGCUGACUUCUUGUACAUUGUUGACCAAACUCGAACUCAAUCUCAAGGACUCCAGGGUCUCAUCAACGCAGCAGCCUCAUCCUUGUCGCUUUCCUCAUCUAAAAAUACUAAAGAUUGAAGGAUCGGCGGAUAUUGUCGAGUAUGUUCUAGAAUGGCUCACAACACCUAGUUUGAAUGAACUCCAAAUUCGUUUGGAAAGCAUCGACAUAACUAGUGAGUGGGAGGCCUCUCUGAUAGACUUAACCACCCGGUCGUCUUGCAAAAUCAGGUCAUUGUCCGUUAUUCACUCGCACAAACAUCCUGAAAGCGAUGAUGAAUUUGUGGAUAUGCUUCGCAUACUUUCGCGCGAUCAUCCAAUCGACUCACUGGAGAUUCGCUCUUAUGGUUUCACAAUGUCAGACAAUAUGGUCCUGCUCCUCACGAUGCAGCGCGAUAGUGAAGAACAACAGGACCACCUUCCAUUGCUGAAGAAUUUCACCUACGCAGGAGACAUCUCAUUUUCACUAAGGAAAUACGCAGACAUGAUAAACUCCAGGUUGAUUUACGAGGCACAGAAAAGCAAGGAGAAUAAAAUACACAGAAGACGCGGAACGAAAAAGGAACCAGGUGACGAAUACGCAGAGCCAGAUAAAGAGGAUGAAAAUAGCGAUGGAGCGGACCAAUUGGACAACUCGUCUGCAUCAACCUCCAACUUGAACCCGCUUAAUUUCAGUGUCUCUUACGAGAACCUUUCUUGGUUCGGGAAACAACGCCCAUGCAUAUUACAAUCCUUUUACAAGGAGCUGGAACGGGCUUCGACAAGGGGGAAGAAAUUUGACUUCAAGUAUGGACAGUGUUGGGGAGAGAAUUGCGAUGAUAUCUCCAGUGAGAAAGUAUAUAGUUCAUGGCAUAUGGACUAUUAA